UGUGCUGCCCACGCGCAUGCGCAUCAACUGCCAUGAUACGCAUGCGCGCAAUCGGUGCAUGUAGUAGGCGUGUAUCCCUCAUCAUCACUAUCCAAAGGCAUGGGCAUCAUAAGCGUUUACAUCGUGAGUAAGGCUGGCGGGUUGAUUUUCUCCCAUGAUCAGCCAAACACCAGUGCAGAAGUUGAAGCCACGUUCAACUGUCCUCUUGGGUUGGUUCUGGAAGAGGUAGACAGGCAAGUGGUCGUCAAAUACGGAGAGAAACAUGGCAUCCAAGUGGGGUACUCGCUGGUAGCACUCAAUGGUCAACCUGUGGCAAAUCGCUGUAUUCCUGAUGGAACAUCUGCAAUGACUGUGCUGACAAAUCCAGAAAAUUACCCAGUGUCACUAAAAUUUGCACGCCUAAGAGUUUCCAUCAAUGAAAGAAUUAUGCUCCUCAGCAUGUUUCAUUCGAUAUAUGCCAUUUCUGUGAAACUCUCACCAGCCAAGCAUUCCUCUGGUAUCCAGUGUCUGGAAGCUGAUUCUUUUAAAUUCUACUGCUUUCAAACAAUUACAGGUGUAAAAUUUAUUGUUGUUGCUGAUAACAAGCAGCAAAAAGUUGAAGACCUACUUAAGAGAAUUUAUGAGCUCUAUGCUGAUUUUGUUCUCAAGAAUCCAUUUUAUUCUCUGGAUAUGCCAAUAAGGUGUGAACAUUUCAGCACAAACCUAACAAGAUUCAUUGAAGAGAACUAAAGGCACAAACUACCUGUAAUUUACGUUUGUAUGUUUAUUUGAACGAAAAUAGCACAAAAGUCAGUAUUUGCGUGCAUUAGGGGUGCACACAUUAUCUCUAUGUCCGCUUUUUCUUCUCUAAUUCUUUUCCCGUUUCUUUUAUUCCUCUGAAGCUGUAUAUAGUUUUUAGCAUCCAAAGACGCUGUGAAAAACAAACGUAAUUAAUGGAGUUCUAGACGCAGAUCCUCGAAGAUACAGUAGCAGUCACCCUAGAUUUAAUUAUUCGCAAAGGAGGUCCAUCAUUUAAAUAAUUUGUGGUCAUUUGAAAAAAGCUCCUACGUAUCUCCUUCUCAUCACAUUUGGCCUAUUUUCCGACACGUUUUUAUCACCCUAUUAUUCUCAGAAUAAUAUACU